GCUAAGCCCGCUUCAUCUCCCAGCUCUCCGACAGCCACGGGUUCCCCAACCACUGCCAGUGACAAGAGCUCCAGUGCUGAGACACAACUUGACAAGGACACCAGCCUCGCGCUGCAGAAGGAGCUGCUGGACAUCUUCACCGCGCCCGGGGUUCAGAAGAAACUGCGGGAGAUUCGCGACUCUGGAGUGAAGUGCCCAACUCUUGCAGCCCUGUUGGACACCAAAGAACAACGGAAGCUGCUGGAGAAGUAUGGCCUGGAUGCCUCCCUCUCAGAUCUCAAGGAGGUCACGUACAUCUGGAGAAACUUUGAGACUGAUCCGGAUGUCUAUGUGAAUCAUGCAUCCAUCCAGGAGGCUUUGGGCUUUUCAACGGUGAAGGAUCAAGAUGUGCAGAUGCCCAAGGGAUACAAGCAACCUCUCAACAAACAAAGCCUGAUUCGCCUCAUGAAGAGUCUGCUCAAGAGUUACAGCGAGCCUGACUUCCAAGCAGCGAUCGAAGAUAUGAAACGUCGUGCUGAUGCCAGCAAGGAGGGAAGCAAGAUACAAAAGGAUGGCUAUUACCACCUUCCUGGCAGGGAAGCUGUCGCCUUCGCUGUGCAAGAGCAGCUGUUGCCAUGUUUUGGGCUUCAGGCUACUCGGGAGGGUGUUACCGAAAUGAUCAAGCGAUGCGCCGAGCAUUUGGACGACCCAGAGGAAGCUGGGCAUGUCAUCAGCCGCCUGCGAGCGCUUCCGCAAGAUCUGCAAGGACCUGUGAGGUCCGCGAGGUGC